UCUCCUUUUGACAUAAGAAGCGGAUGACAUUUUUGAUCAACCGUUUGAAUAUUAUAUCGACGUAUUUACGCAAACGUAGAAAAAAAUUUCUCGUCUUUACACUGAUUCUGAGUAACGAAGCUCAAAUAACGUACGAGAGUUGUGCAAGAAUCAUGGUUUCGGACGAGAAAAUAGAAGCCCACGUUAAAGAUUCAUAAGGCAAGCGAGGCAAGUGUCGUUUCCGCGUAACAAAAAAAAGUUUACCAUCGCCAGUACGCGGUUGGCCUCCCUCGUUAACGUAAUUACUGGAUAGUGUUUAUAGAGGACAUUAGUAUUAUGAAAGUGGAUUCAAGAAAAAGAUUUUCAACGAACGUUAACGUCGAUGGCUACGAUUACGCUGUUGGCUCGUGUCGAUUAUUUUUGUGUUUUCUUGGUGCCUGGCCAGAUCCUUACCACGAUAGUAAUUGGACAUCAAAUACCAGAAUUCUGAUUGCAACGUUAACGAUGUUUCUGUUUGCUACUCUAUCGCAAACGAUCAAGCUUCUGAUGUCAUAUAAGAACUUGAAUGUAAUUAUUGAAAUUCUUUCCAAUUGCGAUAUUCCAACUACUAUUGCUAUGGUGAAAAUUAUUAGUAUUUGGUAUCAUAGAUACGUACUUAAAGAUUUGUUACGUCAAAUAAUCGAAGACUGGAAAAUGCCACACACGAGCCACGAAUUGACCAUCAUGUGGAAAAAUGCAAAAAUCAGUCGAUUUUUCACAAUAGGCUGCCUUUUCAUGACAGAAAGUACCUUAGUGGCACAGUGUAUCGUUGGUUUUUUAGGACCUGCUGCUUACAUAAUGGGAAAAUCAAUUGCUAACAAAAGCGUAGAGUGGCCAUUGUACAUGAUGGGCUGGUUUCCUUAUGACACACAAAUGAGUAUAUAUUACGAACUAACAAUGCUUGGCCAAUUCAUGUCUAAUGUGUUUGCAUCUACUUCAUUUUCAUCUGCUGAUUCGUUUUUCGUUAUUUUGAUGUUUCAUUUGAUCGGUCAAUUAUCAAUACUCAAGUUGACAAUAUACGAUUUAUCGCGACAGAUACAAAACGAGGAUGAUAGGAGACAAUUUAUGGACCAGUUUGAUUUUGUUCAUUCUAUGCAUACUAGAUUAUGGAGGUUCUCAUCAGCAAUCGAACAGUCAUUCAACAUGAUGUUUUUGAUACAGUUAGUCCCUUGUAUUUUUGGGUUGUGUGCUCAAGGAUUCCAGCUCAUAAUGAUCACUGGUGCAGAAUGCAUAUCUGUAAUGGACUUAAUAUUCAUGACAUAUUUUCUCGUUUUAUUCUUAUUCACUUUAUUUACUUACUGCUACGUCACAGAAAUAUUAAGACGAAAGAGCGUUGAAAUCAGUUAUGCAGUUUACGAUAGCGAUUGGACGAUAUUGCCAGCACGAGAAGCAAAACUACUUGUUCUUUUGAUAACUCGAGCGCAACAUCCUUUUGAAAUCACUGCAGGCAAAUUUGUAUCGUUUUCAUUAAAAUUAUAUUGCCGAAUAUUGAAAACUUCAGUCGGUUAUUUAUCAAUGCUCCUAGCAGUGAAGGAUCGAAUGAUUGAACGUUCGGAAUAAGUCUUUCAUAACCGUACCGAUGUGUCGUUUUAAUGUGCCAUACAAAACAGUCUUUUAAUACUGUGAAUAUGAAAAAGAUAAAAAAUAUGUCGACUAUGUACAAUGUUUUCGAAACAUAUUAAUCAUUUACAAUCUAUGUUGCACGCAAUUAAAUUGAAAUAUCAUUCUUAUUUUGUAAGUACGUUACGUGUAUUCAUUACUUACUCUCUACGUAACAUCGAAGUUUAUUUCUAUCUUUAUUUUGCUCUUUCAAUGUGAAAUAAUUUCUGUACACAUAAUUUCUAUUUUCUACUUUGAGUUCAAUGCACGAGACAGAAAUAAAAAUCUAAAAGAAAAAACGUUCUUCUGAAGUAAAAGAGCUUCAACAGUAAGUCUUAAUGUACUGUAUAAUUCAUUGUCGAAUUCUAAAAGACUGUCUGUGUACUAACGAAGCUCGAGCGACGGAAAUAAAACGUACGUACCUUUGAGU